AUGGGAGCGUGUGCGAGUAAGUUCAAGGAUUCCAAGGACGCGACGGCCGACGAAGCUCCGGCGCCGCCUGCCAAGGAGGAGGCGGCGGCGCCGGCGGUGCUGGCGCAGAGGGAAGUGAAUCUUGAAGAAAAAGUCGAUAAGGAUGAUGUGCCGGCGGCGGCGGCGGAGGCGGAGGCGGCGGGUGGAGAAGCCAAAUCUCAGUCUCUCGGCCGUCUGUUCGAAGAGGAAGUAAAACAAGAAGUUCCAACGGAGGAAAAGAAAAAAGUAGAAAGUGGUGGUGGCCUAGAGACCGAUGAAAAGAGAGCAGAUGAUUUGAAACCCGCAAGUGAGGCUGUGGAAAAUGAAGCACCUCAGGCAGAAGCUGGAGAAAAGCUGGCAGAAACUCCACAAAUCGAACCAUCGGAGGAGGAAGUAAAGACUGCCAAGAUCGGAAGGGCGGAUGAGAACCAAGCAGACCAAGUAUCUGGUUUAGAUAAGAAAUGUGAAACUCUUGAGGCAGAUAAAAAAACUGAGGAACCCAGUCCAGUUUUAGAAGAAGAAAAGAAGGAAAUUGAAGAGAAACUGGCCCAGAUUUCUAUAAUUGAGGAACAAAAACCAGCUUCGGAUGAGGAAAAUAAAAAAGUUGAAGAGAAACAGGCUGAGACUACAAAAAAUGAGGAACAGAAACCAGCUUUUGAUGAGGAAAAGGAGAAAGUUGAAGAGAAACAGACUGAGACUACAAAAAUCGAGGAACAGAAGCCAGUUUCUGAUGAGGGGAAACAGGAAGUUGCAGAGAAACCGGUUGAGAUUAUGGCAACUGAGGAACAAAAACCAACUUCUGAAGAAAAAAAGGAGGGAACUGAAGAGAAACAUAUUGAAGUGGAGAUACAGACGCCAGCUUCAGGUGUGGAGGAGAAAACUGAGGAGAAACUGGCUCAGAAUGCAAACAAUGAACAACCAGUGGAUGAAAUAGAGGAUAAAAAAGUUGUUGAGCCCCUGAAGGCAGAAAAUGCUGCAGAGAACAAACCGAAUGAGAAAUUUGAAACACCAGAGACAAAAAGUGAAGAACAGGCUCGAGUUUCAGAUGGGGACACGGCUAAAACUGGUGAAGAGAGGGCAGAAGACAAGUGA